AUGCCAACCGAGAACGUUCAGAGACUCAUUCGCGAUAACGAGAAGUAUGCAGCGGAAUUUGCAGGAGGCGAUCUUUCAGUGCUACCAUCGAGAUUGUGUUGUCUGGUGACUUGUCACGACGCACGAAUCGAUCCAGCAAAGGUCUUCGGCAUCGGCAUAGGACAAUUCCACGUCAUUCGUAACGCAGGAGGCAACAUCAAAGACGCCCUACGCUCAAUCCUCAUCUCGCAACACAUGCUCCGCACAAGGGAGGUCAUUCGGGUCAAACACACAGACUGUGGCACAGCGACUUUCACGAACGAUGAAGCGCAUGAGACCAUAAACAAGAACCAAGGUGACGUCGCGGUGCCUCCCGACUUCGACUUCCUGCCCUUCGUUGACCCAGAGGUCAGCGUCCGGGAGGAGGUGGCAUGGCUGAAAAGCCUCAAGGCACUGUACAAGGGGACCGUUGUCAGUGGCUUGGUGUAUGAUGUAGGAACUGGCAAGGUGAAACAGGUAGUUUAG